GAUCAGUGGUUUCAGGUUGGCAGUGUGACCAUUAGCAUGGGGCGAAUAGUCCCUCAAAAUAGGCUUUUCUGGGUACUUUUUGUUUGACUAACGCUAACUGGCAACUACUGCCACUGACACUGUCAAGAAACCUGUCUUUAGCGUUGGGUUUUCCGGUUUCUGUUUCUUUCUUUCGAAAUAGAAAAGUAGAAUAUUCUCCCGCCAUUGGGGGCUAAAGUUAACAGUAAAUACAAUAUUGAAAAAUUACCUGAAUUGAUCCUGCACAAUGUCUGGAAUCGCAGCAGCACGACUUGCAGAGGAACGAAAAUCUUGGCGGAGGGAGCAUCCUUUCGGUUUUGUUGCUCGUCCUUCUAAAAAUGCCGAUGGAUCACUUAAUUUAAUGAAUUGGGAAUGUUGUAUUCCUGGAAAAAAAGGGACACCAUGGGAAGGAGGACAUUAUAAGCUAAGAAUGAUAUUCAAAGAUGACUAUCCAAGCAGUCCUCCAAAAUGUAAAUUUGAGCCACCACUAUUUCAUCCCAAUGUUUAUCCUUCAGGUACAGUUUGUCUUUCUUUAUUAGACGAAGAAAAAGAUUGGAGACCGGCUAUUACGAUUAAGCAAAUAUUGUUGGGAAUUCAAGAUUUGCUUAAUGAACCAAACGCUAAAGACCCUGCUCAAGUUGAAGCAUAUACUAUCUACUGUCAAAAUCGUUUGGAGUAUGAAAAAAGAGUAAGGGCCCAAGCAAGAGCCAUGAGCCAACAAGAACUAUAGCACUGAAAAUAAGCCACAAAACAUCAAUUUGUAAACAUUUUUUUCAAAUGUCUUAUCAGAUUAUUGCUCUGAAAUUUUCACCAAUACAUGUUAUAUUUUUUCCACCUGUCAAAAUAAGUUUGUUUUUACAUUAAAAAAUAGAAUAUUAAUGUUAAAUCGUAGGUUAAAGUAGUUAGUGGGCAGAAACGGCCUUUUUUUAUGAACUAAUGUAAUUCAUCUUCUUGUUUUGAUCGUUUAGAUUUAAUAAUCGUCCUAAAUAAAUAAGUUAUACAAAACAUUCGGUAUUUCAUUAAUUUUCAUUUUACCUCGAGAAAACUCAUUGAUUUAUUUAAUUUGAAAAAAAAGGCCAAUUUGCAAAAAAUGUAUCAUGACUCAUUAUCAUGUUGACAUUCCACUUUUGAGUUUACGAUUUAGACAGAAAAUUAUAUUUUGGUGAUGUAGAUAACUAUUUAUUCAAAUUUUUUAUAUCAAUAAACAUUUGAAACUCAUUUUUAAUGAAAAAUA